AUGAAGCUGGCGAAUUUGUCAUCUCUAGCCCUGGCUGUUGGCGCCGUUUCCGGCCACGGAACCAAAGGCUCUGGAUUCAAUAGUAAUCUCACCGUACGAACCUCCACAGGCACCUACACGGGCAUUAUUGAUCCCGACUAUCCAAACACUCUUCAAUUCCGGUCUAUCCCAUUCGCGGAGCCGCCCGUUCUAUCACGCCGUUGGCUACCGCCGCAGAAGCUCUCAUCACCACCUACCGAGCAUCACUAUACGACGCGAUUUCCGCCGUCAUGUCCCCAGUUCGUGUCGGCAAUUCCAAUGUUUUAUAAUAUCAAUUUGACUAAAGGCAACACUAUUUAUAAUGGUUAUCAAAACGACUCAUCCGGAUUAGUAGGGGAGGCCACGUCCGAAGACUGCUUAUACCUAGCGGUAUGGACACCAACCGCCGCGGUGCCGCGUACGAACGUCAGCCUACCCGUGCUCUUCUUUAUAACAGGGGGCGGUUUUAUCAUUGGUGGCGUUGAUAUCCCCUGGCAAAUGCCCACCUCGUGGGUUGAGCGCUCACAGUCGCAUAUCGUCGUGACUAUUAAUUACCGUUUGAAUAUCUUCGGCUUCCCCAAUGCACGCGGACUCGAACAACAGAAUCUCGGGAUCCUAGAUCAACGCGCGGCACUCGAAUGGGUUCGUGAUAAUAUUGCGGCUUUUGGCGGCGAUCCAAAGCGUAUAACGCAAAUGGGGCGGUCAGCCGGGGCUGUCAGUACGGAUAUCCAUGCCUACGCCUUUCACGAGGAUCCUAUUGCCCAAGCCCAUUAUUUGCAAUCGGGAACGGUUUUUGGCGCUGCAGUACCUCCUAAGGACCCGGAAUUUUCUAAUUUCACCUUCGUGGCACGUCAUGUUGGGUGCGAAGCCCCCUCUGGUAGUGACGAGGAUGAGGACGGCGCAGCAGAGCUCGAUUGCAUGCGCCGAGUACCAUUCACGAUGAUCGAGAAUUUUAUUGGGCAAUACGGCGAUCGUCGCGAGACUCCUCUACUGUCCUUUAAAAUGGUUCCUGACGAUUCUAUUGUAUUUACUAAUUAUACAGCGCGGGCCGAGGCAGGCCUGAUUGCACGUGUGCCGGUCAUCAUUUCGAAUACAGCAAACGAGGCAUCGGCGGGGACAUGGCCGCCACAAAACCUAACCGAAGGCCCGUACCAGCCAACAAUUACCGCUCUAGAUCUUGCGGUGAUGGUAUGCCCAACAUUCAACUCGACAGUAUAUCGGAACCGGCUGGGAAUACCUGUCUUUCGCUGGCAGCACGCGGGAACGUUUCCUAAUUUGAAUGUUUAUAAAUGGCUAGGCGCGUAUCAUGCUAGUGAUAUACCUAUAACGUUUGGGACGUAUAGGCUUCUGGACGACAUAGCAAAUACCACCCGGUUCGAAAUUGACGUUAGCGAGUCUAUGCAGGACCACCUGCUCGCUUUCGUCAAAGACCCGCUGCAUGGCCCGCAGGAGAUAGGCUGGAAUCCAAUGGUUGUUAGUGAUCCACAUGGUGGGGACCUUAUUCGCUUCGGCUCCAACGGGAUUGUAAGUCAGCGUGUGGAUGGUGUUGAGGUAGAUGGAGCAUGUCAGGGAAUAGGAGAAUAUGACCCAUUCCCGUAG